AUCUUGCUCCCGUCAUUGUUGUUUGCCGAAAUCUGCGCAUUGACCACCGUGCUUGGCGUCAUUCGCAACCAUGUCCUCCUCGUCGGCCACCGUCUGCCCCAACGUCGGACCAUACAAAGGCAAAAUAACCCACAGAUCGUGGGCCCAGCUCCCCGAGGAGCUCGUCAGGCAAAUCGCUACGUUCUAUAUACUGGAUGUGUCUUCAAACCGUACUUAUCCGACGAUGUGGGACUUUCGAGAGCUCUGGCAUGCUAGGAUGGCCUAUACAGCUAUACGCGACGGCAUGGAGUUGGAGAGAAUCAUGGCGGUGUGCCCACAAUGGCUGAAAUCUCUGGAAACACAUCUUUUUUGGCAUCAUGCCGUCAGUGUCAUCGAUCCCGUUGACUUCUUAGGACACUACGCGCUCGCGGCCGCCCCCACCACCGCCACAACGAACAGCUCAAACGGUCUACCGUAUCCCGAGCGUCUCCCUCCGUAUCAACAUUAUCGUAAUAUCCUCAGCUAUUCGUGCGCCAUUUGCCGGAUAAACUACCCCCAUAUCAACCACGGCCUCGGCCAAGCGAAGCGCGCCGUUCGUUCCCUUACUCUAGGUGUCGUUGGCAUCUGUCGCGACCACGAUCGCCACAAGACGAGCUACUGCGGCGUCUGCUAUCGGGAAGCCACCCGGGAACGCGACUUGAGCCGUGACCGUGUUGGGUGCAUGUCCAAUGAAGAUCUCGAAACCUGGCCUGGAAUCGAUGCGACGUGCAAGCAGUGCCGCAAGGAUGGUUUGUUUCGGAGAGCGUACGCGCGAGUGGAAGAUCAAGAGGCGCUGGGUAUGUUGGGGUCGAAAGAUAUCGACGACGAAGCGCGAGCAGCAGUCGAGGGCUUCCUUACCUUCGCUGAUGGCACCGUACGGCGGACGCUUGAGACGGUCCAGGAUAGGCUGUGGUUGAAGAAGCAGACGAGAAUGCGACAGUUUAGGUCCCUCGUCGCUGCGAACCGUUAUGAAACACGCGAGGACGGCCUGCAGCAGCUCACUGCCUACCGGGCGGCGCUACGUGCUCAUGAUAGUGAUGAGGACCUGGAUAUGGAUGCAAGUGAUUUUGAUGAGGAGGAAGAGGAGGAUCCCGAGAUCGAGCAGCGGUCGCUAGAGGAUCACAGCGCCAAAAGCAUGGCCCUGGGUGACUGGGCACGCAACCGUAUAUUGGAUGGGUUCUGGGUGACACCUUGCGACCAAUGGAUGUCUGGUACAAUGCUACAGGUUUCUCGUGCAGAACAUCCCUGUCCGUGGACGCGUGGAGAGGACGACAGCGGCGAACAGCGUCCUCGGCAAGCAACGAUUUUGGGCGACGUUCCACCAUCGUACAGCCUAUGCGAGCACGCGAACUACGCGUACAUGAAGGAGCUUCGGACCCUGCUCCUCCCGCCGAUGAAGAAUAUCGUCCGGAGAUUGGUCAUCGAGUGUGCCGCUGAUGGGUACGAUGCCGUGAGGAAGGCGACUAAGAUGUCAUUGGACGAUGUUGUUCAGGAGCUCAAAGAUGAGGCGGUCUGGUUUGAUGGAUUCGAUUGGCUAGAGAGGAGGAGGAACGACCGACUAGAGGCGCGCAAGAAUGAAGAAAGAACGAGAGCCACGGAAGAGAGCAAUAGCAGUGACGACUCUUCGCUAUCGAGCAAAUCGGACGGAUCGACUACCAGCCCAGUCCUCUCGACAUCGACGUUUCAGACGACGCCUUCCCCGCCACCGAAGGAAGCCGUGUUGAUCCCAGUGUCGCCUAUCCUCGAUCCUCCACGGCUGCUAAGACCGAUCCUGUAUAUUCCUGAAUCGCUGAUCCACCUGCCGGAGCAGAGUUUGGAGGUGUUCAAAGGCAUCUGGAGGGAUGCCUGCCGGCCGCUUUAUCAUUGCCGGUGCAAGAUAUGCGAGCGAGCCAAGGCUGCGGAGGGCGUUGUUCACGUACCUCCCGAGGAUGUCACUCAGCCUGUUACGGCUGCGGCGGAGAUUCGGCUGCCGUCUCCCGAGGUCGUACCAGUUGAUGCUGACGAUGAGGACAUCGACUACGAUUCGUACUAUGACGAGGAGUUUUACUCCGAGGAGGAUGAGGAGACGUGGAGUCCCUCCGGCGAUCGUAAGUCGCCCGAGGUGCCAGACCCACCUACCAGGAAAAGGUCGUUCGAUGAUGUAGCUGAGCCCGUAAGGUCGGGGACGCCACCCAAAAAGCUAAAAGUCGACGUAGAGGUAGAGGUCGACGAGCCGGAACCGCAGUUGAAGAAGAGGAACUCGGAGGAGCUCGAAGUCGUUGAGGAUGGCGCUCAGAGGAAGCGGUUUAAAACCGAGGAUGUCGUCGAGUCGCCACCGACGUCAUUGGAGAAUAGUGACCACUCAAGCUCGGUCGAGGCGGAGGAGAUUCGAUAAAUGAUUGGAUGUUUUUCUUGUUUCUCGCAUAUGCUUUCCUCCGAGUUGCUGCCUGUAUUAUAUCCAAUUGAUUUUUGCAUACCUUUCGUUCGCUUCCCUGUGCUGUAUACACCUGUUCUCGUAAUUUUGUGGCCCCAAAUAUGUUUGUAUUCAUAUUGGAUGUAUCUUAUAUCGUUUGAAUACAAUUCAGAGCGAACCGUUGCUAUUGUC